GAAAAAUAAAACAAAAGAUGAAAAGGAAGAGAAGAUUUGUAUAAAUGAAAAAGCAAAGAAACAAGAGGGGCAUAUAAGUAUCAAAGGAAGGGAACAGUGUUCUUGAUUUCAGACUUUUUCAGAAUAUAUUCUUUCAAUUAUUUUACUUCUUUCUUAUCUUUGCUUCCUAAACUCAUAAAGAUCUCUUCUUUUAAAAAAAAAAAAUAUAAGAAAAACGAAGAGAAGACCGAAGCAUUGCAUAAGGUAAAAACAAUAAUAAUUCCUUUCCGCUACAGUUUGUUAAUUCUUUAGUGUUCGAAGACCAAAUCUGAAGAAGAAAGCUCUUGAAUUCUCCCUCAUACCACGAGAACCAUCUAAAGAAAGUCGCUUUAACUCUUAGAACAAAACAUGUCGGAUCCACUCUAUAUAUUUAAUAGUAUGUCCCUCUGUGUAUAUAUCUACAUGUGUGUCUCUGUUUAUCUUCAGAAUUUUGUCGUCUCUGUCUCAUAUAUUGCAGCUAUUUCUUGGCUCUUUUUAAAAAAAUUUUGCAGGGUCUCAAUCCGAGAUAGUAGUUGAAUCUCUUUUAGCUUCAAGCAAUCUCAGAUCUUCAAUGCCUACUCAGCAAAUCCAAUCCUUAAGAGUCUUUGUGGCGACAUGGAACGUGGGAGGAAAAUCUCCACACUCUGGUCUUAAUCUUGAUGCUUUGCUUCACGUGCAUAGUGAAUUCGAUGUAUACGUUUUAGGUUUUCAGGAGAUUGUUCCAUUGAAUGCUGGAAAUGUCCUUGUUCUUGGAGACAACGAGCCUGCUGCGAAAUGGUUAGCGAUGAUCAAUCAAUCCUUAAACAAAUCAUCAUCAUCUUCUGGAGGAAGACUUAGCCCAAAAACUCCAUCUUUUGGCGCUGGAUCGAUGUUCUUUGCGAAACCUUCUUUGAAGAAGAUUAGUGAGAGUUUCAGAACAGAGUGCAGGAGAAAGCUGAAGAUCUGUAACUGCAGCACUUUCUCUGAAGAUAUUGUAAGAAAGUAUGGGAGAGAAUCUUGUUUCAGAUGUCCUGAAGGUCUAGUUAACCAAUCCGGUGUACUUUCUGAUGACGAAGAAGAUGAAGAUGAUGACGAUGAUGAUGAAGACGAGGAUGAAGGAGGAGGAAAAGUUGCUUCUCUUGUAAGCAACCAAAUGACGAUGAAGUAUGGCUUAGUAGCAUCAAAGCAAAUGGUGGGUAUAUUCCUUACUGUGUGGAUGAGAAAGGAACUUAUUCAACACGUUUCUCAUCUCAGAAUCUCCUCCGUCACCCGCGGAAUCAUGGGUUGCUUAGGAAACAAGGGAUGCAUAGCUGUGAGUUUGCAGCUCUACAAGACGAGCUUCUGCUUCAUCUGCAGUCAUCUAGCUUCUGGUGAGAGAGAAGGAGACGAACGCCGCAGAAACUUAGAUGUGAUCGAGAUUCUCAAGAACACAAGUUUCCCUAGAAUAUGCAGAACCUCUUUUACUCGUGUCCCUGAUCGAAUCACAAAGCACGAUCGGGUCAUAUGGCUUGGAGAUUUGAACUACAGAAUAGCUUUGAGUUACUCAGAAACAAAGACCCUCUUGGAUAAAAACGCUUGGGACACUCUUCUCAACAAAGAUCAGCUCAAGAUUGAAAGAGACGCAGGUCGAGUGUUCAAAGGAUGGCAUGAAGGAAAAAUCUUCUUUGCACCAACUUAUAAGUACUCUUAUAACUCUGAUGCUUACGCGGGAGACACUAGCAAAGAAAAGAAGAACAAGAGAAGAACUCCGGCCUGGUGCGAUAGGAUUCUUUGGCACGGUGAUGGAAUCCGGCAGCUCUCGUACGUGCGCGGCGAGUCACGUUUCUCCGAUCAUCGGCCGGUUUGCUCCGUGUUUGUCGUCGACGUUGAGGUUUGCGAGGGUAAAACCGGAACUAGGAGACAAUAACUUACAUCAACUGUUGAAAAACGUCUUGGUAGAAUUAAGAUAUAAUCUUUACAUUUAUUACGAUACUACCACUAGCGGGGCUUUGGAGCCCGCGAGAGUGUUUACUUUGACGUUGUGUUGUGAAAAAGGUGAACACUAGAGUAAGACCCAAUUUCGUUAGAAAUAUUGGCCGACCAAACCAAAAAACUCGGCAAGUCUUGCGGAUUGUGCAUCACAAAUGCUAAGUUGCCAACAAAACAAAAAAAUAAAAUUCCAGCUCUUUAAUUUGUUUGCCAAAUUGCCAACUAAGAAAUUUUGUAAUCUAGUUAUAUUUAUGAAUUAUUUGUUACAAAAUAUAUAAGGUUCUCA